AGCGAGUGUGAGGACACAGGAAUUUUUGCUUUUAAAGCUCUCUUUCCACCUCUGACCUCUCCCCAUUCUCUUUCUCUGUGUGUUUGUUUGUGCUGUCCACUUCCGUUUAGCUGGGCAACAGACUAUACCAAAAGCACACAGAACUCAGUUUAUUGGUAGUUGCAAUAUCAUCAAAUUCAACAACAAAACAAUACUCAAAAACUAAAGGAUAAUAGUUUAAAAUGCAAAUCAAUCGUCUUGCUCCAUUAUCAGAAGAACCUUUUAAUGAAGAAGAAACCAGAAAAUUGUCAAAAAGAAGUCAUGCAUGGAAGAAUUGGGUCAAAAACCUCUUUUUUAAUAAGAAAUCUGAUCUUAAAAUUCUUUUAAGUGUUCUUGCUUGCCCUCUUUUCCCUGUCUCUCUCCAACCAAUUCAAUCCAUCCUUCAGGUAUCAUCAUUUUCGCAGUACAUAAUAGAGCAGUUUAAAGCAGCAACAGGUUGCAAAAAGCUAGAAAAAAUGGUGGUGAAAAACAUAUUUGCAACAGGGAAAGUAAGCAUGACAAUGCUAGAAGAGCCGAGUUUAAGCGGCUCACCAGCCGCUGUGGUAGCAGCUGGAGCCACUCAUAAGGGGUGCUUUGUGAUGUGGGAAAUGCUGCCUAACAAGUGGUCAAUUGAGCUUGUAGUUGAUGGUCAUAAAGUCCUAGCUGGUAGUGAUGGCAAUGUGGCUUGGCGUUACACGCCCUGGCUUGGCUCCCACCCGGCUAAAGGCGGCGUCCGCCCCCUCCGCCGCGCCCUUCAGGGACUUGAUCCUAUGGCGAUUUCAGAAGCAUUUUCUGUAGCUCAGUACAUGGGAGAGAAGGAGAUUAUGGGCAUUGAUUGUUUUGUCCUGAAAUUAUCUGCUGAGCAAGAUGAUCUUGCUGAUCGUAGUGACAACAUAGCAGAGACCAUCAAGCAUGUGACUUUUGGCUACUUCAGCCAAAAGAGUGGCUUCUUAGUUUACCUAGAAGACUCUUACUUAACAAGAAUACAGUCCCCUGGUGCAUGCCCUCGCUACUGGGAAACCACAAUGGGUUCGAAAAUCGAAGAUUAUCGGACUGUGGAAGGUGUCAUGAUCGCACACUCUGGUCAGACACACGCGAUCAUCACCCGAUUUGGUGAUAAUCUCAAGUCGGGUACUCCUACUAUCCUAAGGAUGGAGGAGGCUUGGAUGAUCGACGACUUUGCCUUCAAUGUGCAAGGGCUUUCUAUGGACUGCUUUAUCCUUCCACAAGAUGUCAAGAGCAAUUGCCUGGAGGAGAAGCUCAAACAAGUUCCAUACUUCCCACUUGAUCGAUGAUUGCGGAAUUCAUCAGCUAAACAGCACUAACAAGCUUCAUGGAUGAAGUUCUACACAUUAACAAUGGGUGGGAUAGGUUUAUUACUAAUAUUUUGCCUAAAUGGUUUUGGCAUAUGGGAAUUUUAACCGUUCUUUUUUGGGGGGUUUUUGUAUAUAAAUUACCUACUAUAUAUGAACCACCAGUAAAUAAACUACUUGUAACAAGAACCAUAUGGGUAAUGGUGACCCAUUUAUUCACUUUUUGUAAGCAUUCGAAGCAUAUAAUAUUUGCUUCAGUGUGUUGUCUUUUAUUAGAUAUGGAAUGUUUUGGAUAAUUCAACUGUCUCACACUACUUUCCUAAGGUGAUUCAGAUUCCUACAAACAUUAACCGAUCAGAAUGGAGAUUUUUAUAGUUACUGAUA